AUGACCGAAGACAAAAAGACAAAAGUCCUGCUCUAUGGACUAGGCGCUAUAGGAGGCUUCUAUGCAUUUCUUCUCAGCCGUGAUCCGAGUGUGGAGCUCAGUGUGGUUGCCAGAUCAAAUCUAGAGGUUGUCAAGAAGGAUGGCAUGACUAUACACACUCUGAAUCAUGGAUCACAUACCGUACAUUUCGACAGAGUGUUGAGUUGCCCACAUAAGAUUGCAACCAAAUACGACUAUAUCGUUUGCGCUCAUAAAGCUAUCACCCCCGGCUUGGACCCUAAUGACUUCCGGUCUGUAGCUAAUAUGGACACCACCUUCGUAAUCUUGCAGAAUGGCGUUGGCAACGAAGAGCCUUUUCGUCAGUCAUUCCCCUACUCAACAAUCAUUAGCUGUGUGAUAUGGGUCGGUGCAACACAAGAAUCUCUUGGUGUCAUUAGACAUACAGCGUCUGAGCACACCGAUAUAGGGCUGUAUCCUAAUCCGGAAGUCGAUCCUGCUUUGGAAGAUGUGAGGCUGGAAGGAUUUGCGGCUAUGUUGAGGGCGGGCGAAACGUCAUACACUAUCUCAGACAAUAUUCAGGUCAAGCGAUGGGAAAAAGUCGUUUGGAACGUUGCAUGGAACCCUCUGACCACACUCACACAACAAGACACACAAGAAUGGCUCUCGUCCUCAAAAGAGAGCGUGUCCGUCACGAAACGCUUGAUGCGAGAAGUGAUAGGCGUGGCGAGAAGAGCCGGAAUCACCUUGGAGUAUGGCCUUGUAGACGUCUUGAUGGAAAGAAUACAAAGCAUGCCAGGCAUAGAGAGUAGUAUGCAGGUGGAUGCAAGAGAAGGCAGGAGAUUGGAGGUUGAUGUGAUCCUCGGAACUCCAAUGAGAAUGGCAAGAGAGUUUGGAAUGGAUGUACCAACACUAGCGACGGUGUAUGCACUGACCGUUGCAGUUGACCGCAUGAUCAAGCAGAAACUGAGUGCAACAAAUUGA